CCGACCUGCGGCCGAGGCCUGGCGGCGCGAAGAUGGCGGGGCGGCGGCGAGGCGCGGGGCCCCUCUGGGCGCUGGGCGGCGCCGCGCUGGGGGUUUGCCUCGCGGGGGUCGCCGGGCAGCUGGUGGAGCCCAGCACGGCCCCGCCCAAGCCCAAGCCGCCCCCGCUGACCAAGGAGACCGUGGUGUUCUGGGACAUGCGCCUGUGGCACGUGGUGGGCAUCUUCUCGCUCUUCGUGCUGUCCAUCAUUAUCACUCUGUGCUGUGUCUUCAAUUGCCGCGUGCCACGGACCCGGAAGGAGAUUGAAGCCCGGUACCUGCAGCGAAAGGCAGCCAAGAUGUACACGGACAAACUGGAGACUGUGCCACCCCUCAACGAGCUCACAGAAAUCCCUGGAGAGGACAAGAAGAAGAAGAAGAAGGACAGCGUGGACACAGUGGCUAUCAAGGUAGAGGAGGAUGAGAAGAACGAGGCCAAGAAGAAGAAAGGAGAGAAAUGAGGAGAGCGUCCUGGAGGUGGAGCUGGGGUUGGCAGGCCCUGGGGCUCAAGUCCUGGCCAGGAUCCAGGCACCUUAGACUCCAAGCUCAUCCAUGGACCAUAGAGGUUGCAGAACAUCUUCUCCCUGCUCAGAAGGGGAGCUGGGGUCCAUGGCCACGUCCUUAUGGCCCAUUGGGGCAGGGACAAGACUGCACCAGCUGUCUGACCUCCCAGCCUGGACUCCACUAUUUUCACCCCAUCCACAUGGCCACUCAGCAACACUGGUCUUGGGCCACUGUCCUGCAGAUCCAGAGCAGCCUCACACCUACCCAGGCAUGCCUCUGUCCCACUCCUUCUGCCAGGAACAGCAGUGGCUAAAGGAGUAACAGGAUGUGGGUUCCCUUCUGGAAGGGGAUGGCUGAACUGGAUAGGCUAAGGUAUAAGGUCAUCCCCAGGCUGGUCACUAGGAGAGAGAGGGUCACUGGAGGGGGUUGUGGCAGCAAGAGGUUCUCGGAUUUGGCUAGAGAGCAGCCCUGGUGGGGAGCCAUGCUCCAAGCCUGGCAUGGGUUCUUGCUGAAGUGGGUGAGCAGAGGUGGCCCAGAAGCAGGAGAACCCCAGUCCAGCAGAUACCAAGCUCAGGCAAUGGGGUGCGCUUGUUUUACACAUUGUGAUGGGGCUGAGGCUGCCAGGGGGUGAGGCCCAGGGGCUCGGGGCUGGGGGCUGCAGGCAUGCAGAGGACGAGGCCAGCAGGCCAGAGGAAGACAGCGCCCCUUCUUGGGAAUCCAGGGAAUAUUUGAGAAGCCAAGAGGGACCUUGGGCUGCCCUGGUAGCCCUUCCUAUGCUCAGCUGUGGGGGCCACAGGGCCCUAGGGGAUCACCACAGCAGGCAGUUAGGGCUUGAGGCAGCAGCCAGCCUUCUACCUGCUGAAUAUAACAGCAGGCAGUGCCUCUUCCGCCAUUCUCAACUGUGUUGCCUAAAGGAAGCGCGGCUGGCCAGAAGCAAACGCCACCUGAGGACUGCCUCCUUGGGGAUGGGAGAUGCAGACGGGUUUCCAGAUGGCAGUGAAUGUCAGCUGAGGCGCCCAGACCUGGGCCUAGAGACUGA